AAUGCUUUGGUUUCACCUGUUGUAAAGGAUGGAACAUUUUUCUUUAAGGUAGUGAUUCGACGCCUUCCUCCCAGCUUGACCAAGGAACAACUUGAAGAACAUCUCCAGCCACUGCCAGAGCAUGACUAUUUUGAAUUCUUUUCAAAUGACUCUAGUUUGUAUCCUCACAUGUUUUCCAGAGCAUACAUCAACUUUAAAAACCAAGAAGACAUAGUUCUGUUCAGGGAUCGCUUUGAUGGUUAUGUUUUUAUUGAUCACAAAGGUCUUGAAUAUCCUGCCAUAGUGGAAUUUGCCCCGUUUCAAAAAGCUGCCAAAAAGAAGAGUAAGAAAAAGGAUGCCAAAGCUGGAACCAUUGAUGAUGAUCCAGAAUAUAAGAAGUUUUUAGAAAGCUACAGUGCUGAUGAUGAAAAAUUAACAUCUACACCUGAGACUUUACUAGAAGAAAUAGAGGCAAGAAAUAAAGAAUUAAUAGCAAAAAAGACAACUCCUCUGUUGAACUUCUUGAAGAAUAAGCAGAGGCUUAGAGAAGAGAAACGAGAGGAAAGGAGGAGACGGGAACUAGAGAGAAAAAGACAAAGGGAGGAAGAAAGAAGGAAGUGGAAAGAAGAAGAAAGAAGAAAACGAAAAGAAGCUGAAAAAACAAAGAAAGUGGAGAGAUGUCCAGAGAAAGAAAGGGACAAAUCAAAGGAUGAACCAAAGAUUAAGCUACUUAAGAAGCCAGAAAAGGAUGAAAGAGACUUUGAAAAAAAGGAAAAGGUCAAGAGACUGGAGAAAGAGAGUCUGAGGGAGGAAAAGGCUGCCAGCCCAAUUGGUAGCUUGCCAGCCAAGCGCUCUGAUGGAGAAGCUAAAGAGGAAAAGGCCAAAAAGCUAGUGUACCCAUUGCAAUUUGAAGAUGAGUGUGGGAAAGAUUACAGAGAAAGAGAAUAUGACCGGGAUAGAGAAUAUGAGAGAAUUCAGCGAGAGCGAGAUAAACUCCGGCGCCAAGAAGAAGAGCGUAGGAGGCAGAAAGAACGCUUUGAGAAAGAGAAGGUUUUCAGGAGAAAAGAGGAAGAUGUGAAAAGGGAACGAGACUCAUUGCGAGAAAAAGGGAAAAGAGCCGAUUUCAUGGAGUACAUGGGCAAUACAGAGAAAGCUGAGAAGGGGUCCAAGGAGGAGAAAAGAGACGAUUUGGCAAAGAAAGACCGGAUUCGAAAUAAGGAUCGACCAGCCAUGCAGCUCUACCAGCCAGGGGCUCGGAGCCGAAGUCGUUUAUCUGCGUAUGACGAAAGCUCUACAAAGUCAUCUGAUCAAGGAGCAGAUAAAAAGCAGGAGUGUGAGGCUAGUAACUUGAAAGAGGAGGUGUGACGGGCCUCACGUUUCUCACCAAACUAGCAGCCAAAGAGCAUGAACUGUACAGUCCAGAAGUGCCUUGCAGGAGAGGAGGAGGAGGAGGAGGGAGCAGAGAAAACAAUGCUUUGGGAUGUAUCUGGCUUCAAAGCCAUGAUGCAGUCAAAACUCCACCUUGCAUUCUGUCAGCACAUUCUCAGUUAAGAGAGCAGAGCAGUAGUAGCCUACGAAAAAGGAAUGUGGGCUCCCAAUAGCUCAAUACAAGUGCUGUCUUUGAAAUAAUAAAAGCCACGAAACAGUA